GUCGUGUUACUACGCCGCCGAGACCCGCAUUGCGCGCUCCGUCCAUGUUUGUUCUCCAACUUGAGUCGUGGAAUGGUGGUCUAAAACCGUAUGUGCACCGUGUUUUGUGAGUGGCAGUGUUUGUCAAGUUGGUGUGACACAUUUUGGAUACCCAGAACGUACGGAUAUUUGCAAAGUUGCGACGAAAUCGCCGCUGGAAAGUGUGAGAAGUGUCCGGACCUGUGACGUUCACAAGCUGUUGCACCUUCUCCUCCUCACAGGAGAGGCAUGAGUUAGAGUGUGUUAGCAGAGGAAGAAGAGGCCGAUGCGUUGUGGAGAGGCCAUGCGGCAUGGAGGGCCGCCCUCCCCCACUGGAUCGCCUGCCUCAACCCCCUUUCCAUCUACACGGACUCCUCUCUGCUAGUGCUGCUGCACACGCUUUUCCAUACCUGAGCAGCCUGACAAGCAGUGGGGGCAACGGACUGGGGGCCUUGGGGGGUUCCCCCUUUCGGACCCCCCACUCUGCCUCCACUGCAGCAGCCAUGAGACAGUUCUGGCCCCCAACACCUCCACCAGACAGUUACAGUCGCUAUGGUGGAAGCUACUACUCUCUGUUUCCGUCUGUGGGACCCUUGGGUUCCCCUUCGGAUCCGUAUUCUGGUCACCAGGCCCUGUUCUCGAGGCUGAGCCAUAGCGCUUCACCCUAUUCUCCAGUCUUGGAUCUACAUCGAGAUCCGAACUUCUUGUCACCGGGACUAAACCUGACUUCGCCUCUGACGCCCACUAACCUGAGCAACCAUGUGUCGCCUAUGUCACCGCUCGCCACUUCGUCCCUGCUGUCUCCUCCGACGGCGACGUCUGCAGGGGUAGCGCCGAGCGGAGGACACGUCGACUCUCUUCCUCCUCAGGACGAAAGGCAUUAUCACUCGGACGGUUUGCUAACAACCGUGCACCUGCCAAAUGGGGCGAAUCAAAAGGUGGGACCCAAAACUGCGCCGUCUCCCGCGAAGGAACGUCGCCCCGAAAAGAGCCGUCCCAAGAAACCCUCUCACAAAGCUAAAGAUCUGACCGGUGGCUCGAAAAUCAAAGAAACCAAGGCGGAACCUGCCCACUGCGUGAAAUGCAGCUGGAGCGCUCAUUCGACGAAACUCCCGCCCUGGCCGGCUCCACCGACGUCCGUCACCACCAAGGUGACGGCUACCACAGCGCCGGUCGUCACGACGACGGUGUCCUCGUGCCAGAACAGCGAGAGCGUAGGGGGAGCGUCGGGAACGUCUCUCACGUUCUGCACGUCCCUGUGCAUCCCGUCGGACCAGGUCUCUUCUACAGUGCCAUCCCCAUCAGCCCACCCACCGUCGCUCCUGUCGCCAUCGGGCCAGCCCGUCGUCAGUUCUUCCACGUCUGACGUCGAGGGCACUUCCCGCACCCCAGACAUCUCCACGACUCCCGUCCCCGACUCCAGCAAGCCUUCCUCUCCCGUGGGCGCGGAAACAGCGGAGAUCCCCCCCAGCAAGAAACCCCUUCCGACGUCGGAGCAGUACGCGCGGGACGAGAAGGAAAAGCCGGUGGACCUGUCCGAUUCUUCGGCCACUCCGACGGACCUUUCUCUCUCCCCGUGCUCCACGACGACUCCGCAAGAAGAGAGGAGGACUAUGGUUGUGUCCGUGAGUCCGAUGAUGGCCAAGGCAACUCCACCACCAAUGGAGAGAAGUGCAGUGACAAAGACAGUGGACCUCUCCAAAGAAACUCCAAAAGUGGAAGUGGAAGUGAGGCCAACAUGCCAGUACGGACAGGGCGCGAACACCAAGCAAGAGCCCGUGGACUUCCGCUGUGAGCCCGUGGCGUCUUGUGUGGUGAAGCCCCAGAUGGCAUCGGCGUACGUGCCGUUGAAUAAGGCAGCUGUGAUGUUGUCCGUGCAGCAGACAAAGGUGGUGUCGUCUACAAGGGUCCGCGGUGUCAAAGCUGGAGGGGUGGCCGUAGGCAUGACGAAAGCAGCAGCAACAUCGAGAGCGUUGAUAUCGUCGCCGCUGACCCAGGUCUCACCGAGGGUUCAGGAGGUUGCCCCAGUCAACUUGAAGGUGACGAAACCUCUGGUAAGCGAGCCUGCGACUCCUGCGACAUUUGGCGUGCAGAGGAGCGAAGGGACGCCGCGACUGGCCGUCGCUCCUGAGGCGCGAAAGAUUGUGGUGGAAGAAAAGUGUGACACGACCGUCGCGGUUGUACCAGCGCUCAGCGUGCUGAACGCGGCCAACCAACACAUUCCCGUGGGAAUCGCUGUGGCUCAGCAGAGGCAGGAUCACACCAUAACGUGCAGCAAGACAAGCAUGUCAUCAAGCUCCUCUGAACAGGGCCAGAUUACAGCAGUCAGCUGCUCAACGGUCAUAUUAACUACUGGAAACUCAGAUAAAAACUCGUGCAUCAGUGAGCAGAAGCAUGGUCUGCAACCUCAUCCAGGCAGUCUUGCAGAAGCCACAACAGCUUGCCUAGUCACCGCCGGUCCGAGUGCUCCUCAUUCUCCGUGGGACCAACAAACAACGGACGCCCUGAGCUUACGCCCUCCGACAGCCACCCUGCGGUGGCUGGCUGCUCCACCGGUAGCUAAUACGUCGCCCUCUGUCGUGACCCCGACCCUGUGGCUCGGCCAGAAUGCGGCCCCACUGGACACGACCCCGUCGUCUGCUUUUCCCCUCACCUCGCCGGGAGGCUUUCAGCUGGCGCGUGACGCCGUCACGGGGCAGCUCUACCUGGUGCCUGCAGCCAGCUGGACACUCACUAGUCCCGCAGCACCCGUGCAGCAGAUUCUGACGCAGCAGCACACAACGUUUCAGCAGAUUGUGCCCGAAACGUGGAGUACUGAUAUGAUGAAGGCUGCCGAAGUGGUGCCAAAAUUAGAAGUGGCCGAGGCUAAAGACCCCACGCUGGCGUUCUCCACGCUCGGAGCGGCACCGCAGCAGUCCGUGAUGUCGUACGUGUACGAUGCAGCGCCCGUCGUGCAGCCGUUGGUAACAGCGCACACUGCGGCGAUAGCGCCGAUCAUCGCACCGCCAACAAAAGUUUCGCAGGGGACAUCACCUCAGACAUCACUAACACCAUCACCGCCACCUCAGCAAGUUGUGGUCGAGCAAGGUGUCCAAGCAUCGGACACGGACGGUGCUGUUGACGAAAGCGAUGACGACUAUGCACGCGGUGAUCCCAUGCACGUCACCAAGGUUGUCAACAGAGUCACGUCUGUUACGACUGCAGUUCAGGUGGACAUGGACUCGCAGACAGCGUCCGAAGACAACGAGACUAACGACAGCGCGACUUGCUUUGUGAGGACUUUCGAUUGUGCGAACCAGACGGACGAUCUUCCUCUACAGAAAGAAGUGCCUUCCUCCUGCGACGAAACGACGUGCGACGAAGAGGACAGGGACUCGCAUCCACGAGCCGUGCCCGUGGCUUCCGUAGCGAGCGUUUCAAACCGAAGCUCCGAAAUCCAUUUUACGUCGGACAGCGAGAUAGACGACUCCAUACCCGUGCUGACGACGCAGAGCUCGGGGGUCCGAGAAUUCAUAGACCACCAUGGGCUGGACCUCCUGGUGGACAGCAUAGAAGAAUUUGCAGCUUCCCAGGAACCCGAAACGGAGAGGAUGCCUCAGUUAUUGAAAUCUGCUUCGGAGACCGGUUCACCGCUGAUCAGUCCGUCAGAUUCGCCAAGGCACGAAGGUCCGCCAAAUUUGAGUUCCGCAUCGCCGUCCUCGCGUCCCGGCGAAUUCGGCGUCCAAUCCCCCGCGGGCAGUCCAAAACUGGUGUUGGCGAGCCCGGAAUACGACUCGACGGACUUUGAGGGUUCUCCGCAACAUUGUGUCACCAGUGCUCAGCGGGUCAAAGAGAACGACGAACAGCGACGGACAAACCAGUGCUCAAUAAACAGCGAGGACGGUUUUAAAUUGCACUUGCCGCGGGAAAGCCUUGCAACGGGUGUUCACGCGCAGAAAAUCGUAAAGCAUUCUGACGUUUCAUUGGAAACAAACUCGGGCCGGAGCCCUCAGCACCAGCGAGCGUCGGUGCCCGGGGAACGUAAUACAACACAGGACUCAUUUGCUCCGCAGCAACCACAAUCGCUGUUCUGGACCACAAAUUGCGGGAGCUGGCAAGACGUUAAAUCGCAACCGUCGACCAACAAUACCAGCGAAGAUGCGAUGGAGACCCUGUCAGACCUUCCACCGUCUUACGACGGGUCUUGUACAGAUGGCCUGGGCCUGCUUUGCGCUCUUGCUGAACAGCGCUUCUUGGAAGAGUCCAGAAAAGAACGGCAGCAGCCUGCACUUGCUCAGGAACCACAAGUAGAACCUCAAGAAGACCUAGAUGUGGAGUUGGAGGGUCAGGAACCCGCAGAAAUUAUGGAUCCUGAGGAGAGGGAGAUGCGUAUCCAGCUCGCGGAACUCCAGCGAAAGUUUAAAGAAAAGCAGCAGGAGUUGGCCAAGUUCCAGCCAAGGAAAGACAGAGAGUGCAGCACAGAAGAAGAGCAGCUACACGAGCACAAAACUAAGGAACAAGUUCGUCACAAAAAACGGCGUCAUUCCAUAGCUGCCGUGAAAGUACCCGAGAGGCAAGAACCAGAAACCUUGCCCGGCGAGAGUCCGAAGGCAGAGGAAAGGGUUCCAAGACUUCACACAGCGGACGACGCUUUCAGCGCCCUUCUGAGAACACCAGACCAAAGAGAAAGAUCCCAGACAUUGGUGAAUAAACCGGUGCAUGGAGUGUGUGAAAGCCACACUGUAGAGAAAACCAAGGAAGACGGCCGUCAGCAGUGUGUACCUGUGCUGACAAUCAAGCUAAGUCCAGAACCGUUCCAUGACGAUGCAUCAAAGUCCGAGGUCACAGAGUCUGAAUCUGCGUGCGAGACGCAACCAGCGACCAAGAAAAGGAAAAGGAAAGCAUCUGCCAAGGAAAAAACAUUAGCAGUGGCACAAUCGCCAAAGAAAGACAAUUUAGAUGAAAAGGUCAAAUCACCGUCUCCAGACCCACACCCAGCAAAGAAGAAUUCUCGGUCAAAGGAGGACCGGCGCUCAAAGUCAUUUUCUGAAGGCGACUUCUGGUGUGUCAGGCGGAGUGAACGAAUCUUUCUCCUCGACGCUGGUGUGGUGUCAUCUUCGUCGCUCUCCAUUUCUGAUAACCCCGAAAAACCCACAACUCCGUCUCGAAGCAGAUCAUCCGGGGCCACUAAGAGCCCAGCACGAAGUAGGACUCCUUCCCAACCUACUAAGUUAACAGCCAAAAGGCAACAAUCUUCUUCACCCUGUGCCAAGUCUGUUGUUAAGCAGAAACGAAGCAGCAAGCGAGAGUUGGUCUCCGUUCUGAAGAAGUACCGUCACAGCGGAGAUGCUCAGCAGGAAAACAGUGACGAUUCGGACAGCGACUCGAUAGAAAAUGUUCCACUCAGCAGGCUGUCGUCACGGGAAAGGGCCACUGAUGUUCAUGAACAGCAGUGUUACCUCAUACCGAGCGACCUUCACGAUCUCACUCGCGUUGUUAUGCUGGAAGACGGGCUCUUCUAUGCAGGAUACAUCAACGAGAUUCAAGCUCCAGAUGUCUACGGCAUUACACUCGAUGGCGAACGUGGCAACCGCCCACACAUUUUCUCGCAAGAAGAAAUGCUGAAAGAAGCGGUUCGAGAAGUGAAACCAAGAUCUCUUCGAGAGCUUCCUGAAGGCCGUCGUGUCUGUGCGUACUGGAGUCAGCAGUACCGAUGCCUUUAUCCCGGUGCGGUAGCGAAAGCCACCAGUCCAGAUCCAUCACCAGACAGCACGCUGGUAUAUGUCGAGUUUGACGAUGGAGAUUCGGGGAAAAUACCGCUGGAAGACGUGCGUCUCCUUCCUCAGGACUACCCACCAAUAGAUGAACAGCAUGCACGUAGGAAGGGAGUUAGAAAGCCGUUUGCUUUAAAAGCAGGCAAGGAUCCGCAUCCGUCUCUCGUCCUCAACAAGAAACGGAGCAGAACGUCGCAGGAUGGCGGAGAAGAAUCAAAAGACGAAGAGGGUCACUCGAAAAAGAUGAAGAAGCGUAAGAAGUCCAAAAUGAAAAAGACGAAAAUGAAAAAUGCAGCGGCGAGCAGCCACGACUCGGACGACAGCGACGUGUUCGGUGGCGAGGAGAAAUCGACGGGAAGUGUGGUGAAGAAGCGACGGAGGGAGCACAAGCACCGGCAUCACCACAAGCACCAUCGUUGCCACCACAGGCGCAAACAUCGGCAUCACCGUAAACGGCAAGAUGCGGAGAAAAACUACGAUACCGAAAGCCCUAGACACAGCUCUGAUGCCAUCAAGGCAUCUUCCGCUAGCCUGAGUUGCUCCUCAGAGCAGACGAGCGGAUGUUCGGCCAAUUGUUCUCCUUCCGCGGCAGAAGAAACUCGCGACUGCAAGCAUCCAGAGUUGACAGUGCGCAUCCGCACGUCUUCGACGGAAAUGCGGCAGGCCGACAGUGACGCAGGCGGGGAAAGCAGUGCCGACGCUUCGGAGGACAGUAGCAGCAGUUCGUCGGACGAAGACGAAGUUAAGGAAGAUGCAGCGACAACAACGGAACAAAUGCAGGAAACACAGAAACCAGCAAAAAGGAAAGAGCGGCUGCCAUCUGUUGAGAAGAGCAAGAUUGCAGCAUUUCUGCCGGAGCGCCAGCUGUGGCGAUGGUCGGGCAAGAGCUUCCGACGGCCAGGUUCCAAGGGCAAGGCCAAGAAGGAGUUCUAUAAGGCCAUUUGCCGCGGGAAGGAGACUAUAACGGUCGGUGACUGCGCAGUAUUUCUCUCGACGGGUCGACCCAACUUGCCGUACAUCGGACGCAUCGAGACCAUGUGGCAGUCCUGGGGUGGGAACAUGAUAGUGCGUGUCAAGUGGUUCUACCACCCGGACGAAACAAAGGGCCUCGCCAAGUUGAUUCAGCCCAAGGGUGCCCUCUUCCAGUCGCCUCACGCAGACGAAAACGAUGUCCAGACGAUAUCGCACAAAUGCGAAGUCCUGUCGUGGAAUGACUACCGAGCCCUGCGCAAAUCUGAAGCAGCCGACGGAACGUCUGACGUCUACUACCUUGCUGGCAGCUACGACCCGUACGCCAACACCAUCUGUAUAGAACCCCAGGUGAAGAAGCCGUAGACGUCCUGCCAGACGACCAAACAAGGCGGUCCUCGUCUCCCAAGAAGAGGGAGAGGAACGGAGGCUGGAUGAAGACGAGCGAGCGAGAGAGAAAGAGAGAGGGUUGCCAGCGUAAUUUUAUUUUGGUUCUAAUCUCAUUGGUGCUACUAUGAGCGAGACAGUUUUUUUUUUUCUUUGCGAGUUUGAGAAACAUAGGGCGUAACAGGAUGUUGUCUCAACAUUCGCCAGCUUACUUCCAUAAUUUACGGAUUUCGCAAUUUGUGUACGUUCUAAAAUCCGUGACUUCAGCGACGCCCGGAGUGCACGUGUUUGCGGAUUCUUCUACGUAUUCCGCAACUUUUUUUAGCUUUCGACAUACGCCACUUCGACGGCGUACGGAAUCCGCAACCGUUGUUGCUUACAAAACGCUCGCGAAUCCUCCUUCGGUCACGAAGUGCGCGUUUUACGAAACUUACCGCGAAAAAAAAAAAAAAGAAACGGAGUAAAAAAAGAAGUUUUACUGCGGCGAUCUUAAGUCUCUCUAAGGUUUUCUCCUUCAACCGUUUUAAACGAUGCUUCGAACCCGCGCGGCAACCCCUCACAGUUCUCACGCGUUCAAGAUCGGCCCUGGGGCCGACUGUACAGAUAUAUACAUAUUUAUGUACAUGCAGAGGAUCAUGUAUCCCACCAACAACCUUCCAUGCACAUGUAUAUCCGCAGUGAUUCCUCCGAGUGCUUCCCCAAGAUGCAAAACAAAACGAGGAACGUGCUCUUACAUGCACACACACCUUUGGGGCGAGCAGAACCGGGAGAAUCACUGAUGCACAAUUGUCAGUACUUUGAAGAUUCGUGCGCCCUCGUCGGCAUCGAAACCUCUUUCCCAUGCCGAAUGUCGUCGUCACAUUUUUUUUCCCCGUGUCAUUGGUGUAGGCAGACGCUUCAGGGCCAAUGUUUGUUUAUCACUUUUGUAGUCACAGCAACGAUACCCAGUGGCCUCUCUGCGUUUUAUACUAUCUGUUUCUUUUUUUGUUGCCCGUCAGCUGCAAACACGUCCCAAGUCCGACCUGCUUCCCGCCGCGCGAUUGUUGGCAUCCAAAAGUGACGGAGCUGCGAGAGUUUGAAUUUGUGUCCCACCGUAAGACUCCCGAAUUUACGGCCUCUCCGCGAAGAAGUACGGAGGAGGAGUAUCAUGCAAUGCACAUUUUCGUUGUGUGUGCCAAAACGUCUAGCCACCCCCCACCCCCGUGAUAGAAUGGUCGUUGCUCGUCGGCAUAAUGUUUGUUGUUGUUGUUUUAGGGCCUUUCCUGUUGGAGUUUCAACGCAAUACUAUUACCCCCCCCCCCCCCCCCCCGCCCCCCAACCCUAAGAAUGCAAUGGAAAUCAAAACAGGAAAUCCUGGCAGCUUACUCAAAGUUUCUUGUUUCUGUUGAAUUUCAAACACUUUUGUAGUUUUGCUGCUUUUGGCGCAGCUCAAACUUUGAAGUAAAAUGAUAUGCAAAACUAAGCAACGCUUUGCCGUACAGUUCAAACACUCCCUUCGAAGAAAUUUGAUGCAAACUUGAAAUAGUGGACCCCCCCCAUGUUGUGAAUGUUGUAAUGUUAUGCAGGCCCCCCUUUUCUUAGCAAAAACAGUUCUCACAACCUGUCCGCUGACUGGAACUUAUCAAAUCACUUGAACCGACCUAGUGAUCGUGCAUCAUAGCCCCUACACUUUUGGACCUCGUUAAAAAAUUUGGGCACAGUUUGUACGGUUAAGCGAAGUGACAUGCAAAAACUUUGCAGUACAGAGAAGCUUCAACGGUACAUCUUUUGUGGGAAAAGUCUGAAGAAACGUAUUGUCCAGGGAAAGGGAGAAAAAAAAAACAUUCUGCGUCACCCAAGCCAGCCGUGCAUCACCAUUGUUCGGGGGACCCGUUUCCUCAGAUUAGUCCCUGUCGGCACCACCGUAACCGAAAACCAAAAUUUGCAAAGCCCGUUUGCUCAUGUUUUUCAGUAGUCUUCAGCUAUAUGACCAAAGGCAUGUAGUGUAAGGUUUUCUGUCGUCGUAGCUGGCUUUCUAUUUGCAAAGUGUGAAGCGCACAAUGUACAGGCUUCCAUUUCUCAUUCUGUGUGUGUCAACAUUGUCAGCGUGAAGUGUGUCAUGUCGUUUAGGUUUUGCCAGAUGAAGGAACGUGCAGAACAAGAGCUUGAUCGCAGUGCAGGUUUUUAUGUAGCAGGCAUUUUAAAACGAGCUGCAGGUCGCAGUUCUGUUUGAGAUUUGCGCCGUAAAGCUUCGGGCAGUCGGUGCAGCCGGUACGGUCCAUCUCUGAAUACGUAGCGUGUUGCUAACACGUGUACAUCUUGACUGCAUUGGAGAAGUCUGCUGCAGUUUUAGUGCAGUGCAGGUGAAGUGUCCUGCGUGAGUGACACUGUCGUUUGCGAUAAAUUAAAAUAUAAUACAAAACAACCACUGUACGGUCAUAUAUUUACGCAGAUAAGCGUAAAAUGUUACCAUUGCUAUCUGCGAAGAACCAACGUUAGUGAUUCACAGAGUACAGUUGUUUUCGUUUUUUUUUUUUUUUUUGUGAGUAGGACGUCGCUAAACUUUACUAUACAAUGUACCAUUACCGUACAGUCCCCAGAGUUUACUAAAACUGAGCAGAAGCAAAAAGGAAGUACAUUAUGUAUAUUUUAUACUUUACUGGGCUGGGGGUGCAGAACAAUGAGAAUAAAGUUUCAGAGUGCUGUCAGUUUCUCCUCUGCAGUCAAAGCAUUAGCCAUCAGAACAACUAAAACAAGUUUCAGCAAUUCAAGCUUGCACAAACGUCCGCGUGAAAUUGCAGGUUAUGUACCUGCAGCAACCAUAUGAGUGGUACAACAGGCGUGGCCUUUUGGUGGAAUGAUGCAGGACACCAGCACAGACUGAUAGUUCUGUACACUGUAAAUGGGCUGAGUGUUUUUUUUUUUUCAACCUCCUUUUUGCAACAAAAAAAGUGCCCUUUUCAGACAGGCUUCACAGCCACGGACCUCACCUUGCUUGCUUAGUUUGCCUUUCCGUGCACAUCAACUUGAUAUCAAAGUUAUCAUAUGAAAGUGAGAGUAUUUUUGGACUUUGCAGCGCUUGUCAUGUGAUCAAUUUUGUCAAAAAAAAGAGAAGAGUUACGAAAAGUACGAAACAGCGAGAAAUCACAAAUAGGGCUGAUGCCUUUGAGGACAAAUUUCCAUUGAUGGUCUAACGAAGGACCUUUUACGGGUCUGACAAAGACUUUUUGAUGACCUUGACACAGAACUUUCCAAAGUCCUUGCAUGACUUUGACAAAGACCGUAGUUGGCUUUGACAAAAGUCUUUGUCAAAGGUCUUUACCCAUAUUAAGAUCCUUUGACAGCUCGAAAUUUGAGUUGCCUUAAAUCGCAUGUUGCAGAACGACAGAGCCAAGAAAACCGAUGCAGCACUUACUUGUAAUUAUUUACUUCCCAAGACGUUCAUCGUUGCAUAAUUUCCCUUUUCUGCUUUUUUUUUUUAUUGUGAAAGAUGCUUGACCAUCAAGCUGUGAAGUGGAGCUUGAACUCAGUGUACAGCUAUAUUGACGAUGAUAAGUGUUAUCAGCACGAGAUGGCAUCUAUUUUUGUAAACAACAACAGCAGCAGCGGCACGCUAUCAUUCCGUUGUUGUAUCCGGUGCCCACGAGAGAUUUGUAGUCAACAUUGUUGAAGAAGAUGAGGUGCAAAAGAGUCUGUGAUUGUUGUUGACAGCGCUGAUGUCAGAGCUGGUUUUAGAUGUAUACAUAGAGAUCAAGUAUGGCUAAUAUCAUUCUUGGGCCGUAUUCUGGUUGGGAGACUUGAGUUGGAGAGCUCUUGGUCUCUCAGUGGGCACGAGGUUCACUGAACUGCAAGAGUUACACCUUAAGCCCCGCCCACUCACCCACAGUGCUCAUCACCCGGUGAUCCGUGCGCGCGUGUGGAGGAAGGAGGAGACGUACAGUGCCACACAGCUAGUGACGUCACCAGCCUGUCGCGUUUUGAAUUCGAGAGAUUAGAAGAAUCGUAUUGGGGGAAAUUCAAAAGGUUAAGCUCUGUUGAGCAUGCAUGGCUAUCACAUUACGGGAUGGGGCAGCAUGUUUUAUGGCUGAAGAUGGGGUCAGACAUCGAUGUUGCUUAGUUUAUAAUGCCAUAAAUCAAGUACGCUUAUUUUAGCUUGUGUAAGCCAGGGAUGGAGACACUAAAAGAUACCAUUAUUGCGGGCUUACCCAGCGAGCUCCGCUGGUGCGCAGGAAAGACGGUGUUGCUUAUAUUUAGGGCCUGAAGUUUUCGGGAAACAUUUUGUCCUACAUUCAGGGGGUAAAAAUCGAGUAAAUAAACAUGUGCACUAAAUUCAUGCAAAUUCGGGUGAAAAAACUUCCAGUACGCUAAAUUCGGGGAGAAAUCGAGCUCAGUUACUCAAACUGUACUGGUUUGGUACAAAUGGUGAUAUAACUGCAUUUUUCUGCCAAACAAGUAAGUUAGUGCAUUCCUACAGACAUCCCAGUGAGGGCAAUUUGCUGGGUAAAAAUCGGGUUUCACCCUAAAUAGGCAACCUUCAAUUCGGGGGUGCAAAUUCGGGGAAGAAUCGGGUAAAACCCUAAAACUUCAGGCUCUACUUAUAUUUUCUUCGUGUUUGUCGUGCAUAUUCCUAACCUUUGAUUCGAAGCCAGCUACUUUAGGUUGUACGAGCUGUGUCAAUAAUAGUACUGUCAGGAUGAGUACUCGAAAAGGUAACGCAGGCAGGUGUGCGUGCGAAAAGGCCAUUUCCCUCUUUCUCGGCCCUAUCAUCUUCGGCAACUUCCCCUUAAGCAUCGAAACAGUACUACCGGUAGAGGAAGUAACGUAAAAGUAAAGGUCAAGCGCGCAAGCCUCGACGAACCCGCCAAGCCCGGCUGAACCCGCCAAGAAAUUCAACAGCUUGACAAACCGCGGAGACUGCAAAGCCCUGGCUCGCAAAAAGUCUGUGACAUCAUUGCUGCCUCGUGACGCCAGCGCGGAAGAGUCACGCGGAAAAACUCCUCGCCCACUGAGAACCCGAGAGCUCUAUGGCUACAUACAUGUCUUACCACGUGGACAAGCCACCAGAACGAAGACGGGGAGAAAACAAAUUUUUUUAAAAGAGAGAGUGUUGUAGAGUGCCAUAUAUGCUUAGAAAGUGCAAAGAAAAAGCUAUCGAUAUCAUAGGUAUACUAACACAUAACUACCGCGCACUUGCUUCGUUUUGAAAAAAAAAAAUGCUACGAAAGAUCCGGUGUGAAUGUUGCGGUGCAAGAUGUCGAACGAAUUUCUAGUAGUCACAACUCGAUGCCAUGAUACAACAAAUCUGCAUUGUUGUGGAAUGGAAGGUAUGAAUCUCCAUAUGGGCAGGUUGUAUUGCCUUCUUUUUUUUGUGUGUGUUCGAUCGUUUGUUGUUGCAUUUUGUGUACUUCUUAAAGAAGGCUCCGUGUACCUCUUUUUUUUUUUUUUACGUGCUUUUUAGCCAGUGAUCUCUCAGAAAUGUGUCUCUUAUCACCGCGUUUACGUGUCGGGACCUGUUUAGGAUGUUAUCCCAUUUCUCGGAACACAUGCGUUGUACAAAUGCUGAGUUUUUUUGUUUUUUUUUUCUUCUCUGUUUUAGUUCACAUAUUAGUGGAAAACGGUUGCUGUAAUUGACAUUCACGGUGGCACAGUUGAAUAAAACAAAUGUGAGAAAAUGA